AUGUUCGAGGAGCCGGCUGCCCCAGUCGCUGUCACGCUUGUCACGCAACCACUGCCGUCAGCUCAAGAAGUCGCCUUCAAUGACUCCGUUGAGAUCUCUCGGGAAGCUUUGGCAGUCUUCUCGGCAUCCAGGGCGCCUAUUGACGGGUAUGAGUUUGGUUCUCCUCAACAAUCCACCUAUUUCGAUUUUUCAAUUCAUCGGAAUCUCGCGGACGAGAUUCUUUAA